AUGCUUGAGCUAGAUCCAUCCAAGGCUCCGGGAAUAGAUGGCUUCCAAGCGUACUUUUUCCAGAAGAAUUGGGAGAUUGUGGGGAAGGAUGUUUGUCAAGUGGUCAUGGAGGCAUUUCGGACGGGAUGUGUGCCAGCGGAAUUAAACCGAACCCUCCUAGUGCUUAUUCCAAAGGUUGCUAGUCCGGAGAAUUUUCCUCAGUUCCGUCCAAUUAGUCUUUGCACAGUUCUAUACAAGCUCAGUUCUUUCCUUCGUGGGGGAUUCGCCAGGGUGAUCCACUCGCCUUAUCUUUUUAUUCUUUGUAUGGAACGGCUAGCUAAUGCAAUCCAAGCUAAAGUUGAUGCGGGUAGGUGGAAGCCAAUUCAGUUGGGGAGAGGAGGACCACGUCUUUCUCAUCUUUUCUUUGCAGAUGACCUGGUGCUUUUUGCGGAAGCAACGAUGGAACAAUUGCAACAGAUCUUGUUGAUGAUUUGGAGUCACCGCCUUGAACGACUCUUAACUGGAGCCAUGAUGCCUCCACCAGAGACUGUGCUAGAUGAUGUUGGUGCGGAACGCAUUAAUGAAAGCUAUGAAGAAUUUGUUGCAUAA